UCAACCAUCGACUGCACACCGUCGCGUACAGAUCAACUCUGUCUCGCGCGCGCGCGCUCUCUCUCCGCCCGUGUUCAGUUGGAAUUAUACCGUUGCCCGGACACACCGUACACGCAUUUACGGUCGUCCGCGCGAGUGUGUCCCGUGCACCCAUUGCGUUAUUUCGCGUACGAACAUCAUCGUCGUUCGCGUGACAAUCGUAUCAGAUCUCGUCGCGCGUUCGUGGUUUUUUUUUUUUUUUAAGCUUUACGAUUUUUUUUUUUUUUUUUGUUUUCCCCUUCGGACCGCGUGUUUUUUUAGUGCGCGUUGUGCGUGCGACUACAACAUCGUAACAUCCAUCGUAACGCGACCGUCUCGCGGUACACUGCAGCGCGUCGUGAAUCGAUCGGCGGCAGUGUCACACCCGACAACAGAAAACAAUAGAGACAAUAGAGACCGCGGUUCCGUUACGACGGCGACGACACUCAUCGGUACGGUGUCCGGCCAAAGUGCGACUUUGCUGCAGCAGUGGCCGGUCGGGCUAGCAGCUGCGGUGGCCACCGGUGGAGGAGAUAACGGUAACAGGACGACGACGACGGCGACGGCGAUGACCGUGCACGAACUGACGGCCGCGUCGGCAGCCGGCACCAUGCCCUUGCACCACAUGGGACGGUCCAGGUUCAUGAUCACCGACAUACUGUCAGAUAACGGGCGCAAUAACGGCGGCGGCGGCAACGGUUCGCCCGUGUCGCCGGCCUCGUCCACGGACGGGCCGCGUGAUCUGUCCCUGCACGGCCGCGCGUCCUCCGGCAGCAACGGUGGCGUGGGCGGUCUGCAAGGACCCGGGCCCGCUGGUGGAGGAGACUCGGACCUGAGCGACGACCAUGAAAGUGGCACUGACAGCGGGCUGCCCGGCGACAACUCUUCAGUCUGCUCCAACGGUCACAGAGACGAUGAUGGCCGAAAUUCCGGUUCGAAUCUCAGUAAGAAGCAAAGAAAAGCGCGGACGGCGUUCACAGACCAUCAGUUGCAAACGCUCGAAAAGAGCUUCGAGCGGCAAAAAUACCUGAGCGUACAAGACCGCAUGGAAUUGGCGGCGAAGCUCAAUCUAUCAGACACCCAAGUCAAGACCUGGUAUCAGAACAGAAGGACCAAGUGGAAGCGUCAAACCGCAGUGGGCUUGGAACUGCUGGCCGAGGCGGGCAACUACGCGGCGUUCCAGCGGUUGUACGGAGGGCCGCCUUACGGUUGCUGGCCGUAUCCAGCCGGCACGGCCUCGGCCGCUGGUGGUGGUAGCGGGGGUGGUGUCUCGGGUGCGGGAGGCGCGCCUUCCGCCGCGGACCUCUACUACCGGCAGGCAGCUGUGGCCGCGGCCGCGGUUUCCACGCUCCAGAAGCCGCUCGCCUACCGGCUGUACCCGGGCAUGGGCGGUGGACCGGGCAGCGCGGGCACCGGCGCGGCCGGCCACCAUCACCAUCACAUAGCGCCGCCGCCACCGCCGCUCGCCCACCCGCUGUACUACGGCGGUGUCCACCAUCCGGCCGCGAUGCCGCCCAUGCCGGGCCGUAGCCCCACGCCCGAACCACCCCGGUCGUCGCGCGACUCGCCAAGGUCGAUGGUGGACAGCCGGCCCGGUUCUGUGGACGUCGAGGACGACGGGUCAGACUCGCCGAACGUGGACGUUUAAACCGCGCAGGGACGUGACGUUCUACAAAAAGUCGUCCCUCCCGCUCCUGUGCAUCAUCCAUCGUACAGCGUUGUGUCUAUGUAGUUGUGUGUGUCCUGCACGUGGAAUACAUAUAAAUGUCCAUCGAUGUUUUAUACGAUCGCGGGAUACCACCGACUCGAACGCUAACGCGCGUGCGCGCACACCCACCCACCUAGUCGUCGUUUACUCCUUAAUUAUAAUUUUUUUUAUUUUAUUUUUUUUGUACAUAUUUUAUACAUUUAUAUAUAUACAAACAUAUUUUGGCUACGCGUGCAUGUACAUGCGUUCCAUAAUAGUGAGCCGGACGCCAACAAAUGUGCUUUUUUUCAUUUAUAUUUUACUCUGAUGGACAGUUUAUGUUUUUACGGUAAUUAAAAAAGAAAAAAAGACACUGUUUUUAUUCCUCCAAGUAGAAACUUUUUUUUUUCAUAGCAAAAUUUCAUACAACGUGUUUCGGUUGGGAAAAAAUCCGAAUUUGUUUAUAAUCACGCGUAGGUAUAUUAUAUAUUAUUAUUAUUAUUAUUAUUAUUAUUAUUAUUAUUAUGGAAUCGUACCGAAUAUAUUGUUAUGCCUUCAUUCGAUUUUGUAUAUUUAGUUUUUGUUUGAAUAAAAAAAUAAUUCGGAACGCGAAAGACUUGAACGCCCGAUAUGACCACUCAUUAGUUUUCUUUUCAUUUGAGAGCGUUUAAAAUAUUGUAUCAUAUACAUAUACGGUAAAAUCCAGGAAUAUCUUGUUUGUACAAAACAUUUAUUAAAUUAUACUUGUAUGUUUUGAUUAUUUUGCUUACCACGAUUGUUUCUAAUCGAUAUUAGAUAUUAUUAUUA